UGUAAUAAUAUUAAUAUUAUUAUUAUUAACAUAGAAGCUACUUUAUUAAAGUAGCUUCUACGUUAAUAAUAUUAAUAUUAUUCUAGAAUUAAAUUAUGUCAUCAAGCGAAAAUGAAAUGAGGAAGUUGACUUUGUCAGAAUCUGACAAAGCAACUGAUACCUUUUUUAAUACCAGUUAGUUAAUUUCUUUAGUAAUUUCUAUAGCUCUUUCAUAACAUUUAGUUAUAAAAUAAAUUUAUUACAUUGUUUUUUUUUGAUUCUUUAGAUCAACAUGCGAUAGAAAAAAUAAUCAGUUAGUAUUCUUGUUUUAAGUUAUUUCUUUCAGUACUUUUUUACAGUGUUUUUUUAUUGAAUCAGUUUAAUUUGUAGAUAAAAGUUUUAUACAUUGUCCUUCUCCAGCAUUUUUUAUGCUAUCCAUGCAAUAUAUUGAUAGUUUUGUUUACUAUUGCUUUUUUUCUCUAUACGUCAUUUAGAAGAUCAAUUAGAAAAGACAAUGCAGGAUUUCAUGAGAAACAUGAACUCUAGUGGAUCUAGUUCUACUUUUGUGCCUCCUCCUGUUACCACUGUUGUGUCUCCUCCUGUUGUCACUACACUUACAUAUGCUGAUUAUUUAACCUAUCGGUCCCAGCAUCCAGGACCCCGAUCAAACAAAUCUUUUUUGAGUUGGGUCCGGAAUGGUGGGGAGGACUAUCCACAUUUUAGGUGGCAUCCCUACUCGGGUGCUGGGUCAAACAACCGAGGGCAUCAGGAAAGGAGACGUGGCAAUAGAGGAGGCAGCAGCGGAAGCACUUUUAAUUAUUAUUUAAAUUAAAAGUUUAUAUUUUUGUUCGUUUUUAUUUUGUAAAUAUAAGAUUUUUUGUUAAUAAAAGUUAGUUCUUUCUUCAAUGUGUUAAUGUAUUGUCCGCAGAAAAGUAACAAAAGCAUAACUCACUCUCUUAAAAUCUUUCUGCAAAUCUCUAUUAUGAUAUUAAAAAGUUGAUUUAUUUUAUUUUUGCAAGAGUUAUAAAUAAACACAACAAAAUUAGAAUCAUUAGAGUUCACAUCAAUAUUAGAAUCAUUUUGUCUUUUUAUCAUUUAAAAAUUUCUUUUUAAAUACGUUC